AUGAAAAACAUGUUGAAGGGGUUGGAAGACGAAAAGUACUCCGAGGUGUCAGAUGCCUCGGGCGAAGACAGUUUUGGGGACAUUGAAACGACCAAUGGCGACUACUCCACAUCCCAUCUUCAUUCCAACGGCGCCGAAGAGUCUCGAGAUGAAGUCCGAGAGGUCCACAAGGUCUCUCGCAAGGAUACGCGUCGUGUGCAAAUGUGGCGUCUUGCGACUUUGCUUGCCCUUGUCAUUACUGGAGUUGCUGUGACCGUGUCUACCUACGAUCACCUGAAGAAAGCCGAGCAGAAGAACUUUGCGACUGCAUUUGAGCAGUUCGCACGAGCUCUUGGCGAUGCCGAGGUGGACCACCAGCGUACCAUGCGCCGUGCCUACAGGACGUUGGCUGGUGCCAUCAGUUCCUCAGCUAAAGCUGCCAAUGCGACCUGGCCCUUCUAUGUCCUUCCUCGCUUUGAGCAGUAUGGACACAACGUGUUGUCCAUAGCAAAGACGGAGCUCAUCAUUAUCAUGAACCACGUCAAGGAUGAGGAGCGAAGCCUUUGGGAGGAAUGGAUGGAAGCACGGUAUGAGAAGGAUAUCACAGAGAGUUAUGAAAUCGAGAGCUUCCGCAAGGGCCCUCAGGUUUACGACAGCUUCACUCCAAAAGGAUACUCGAGAUCUGUUCGGGCCAGAUUGCCCAAUGGAACCAUGGUGACGGAUAAGCAGCGUGAUGACUAUUGGUGCACCGUGAACUUCUCCCCUCCACCCAUGAGCUACAGGCCCGUCAACUAUAACAUGUAUCCGUCUGGAAACCCAGGUGAAAUCAACACGAUUCGCUCUGCCGAGAAAAUUCCAAACGAAUUCGUGUUGGGAACCUUCAGGCUCACUAAAGGUGAUGGUUUGGUGUACACCAAGGAAGAACAUGAAGCAAAGCACAGCCACCUACCAGGAUCCUCUGUGUUGCAUCCUCAUACGAGUUUUGCAUUGACUUAUCAUGCGGACCCGGAUGAUCCGACCUCAGAAGCUGUUGGUUUUGUGUACGGCUUGUUUGCUUGGGACGCUGCCAUGCAAAACUUGCUUCCCGACAAUGUCCGCGGUAUCUUUGCAGUUCUUCGCAACACAUGCGGGCAAGUGGAGACGUACCGUGUGGAUGGAUCUCAAGCCUGGUACCUGGGGGAAGGAGACCACUCGGAAGAGAAGUUCAGAGACUACAAACGUCAUUACGACCUCACUGUUGACUACAUCAACCCAGACUUUCCCAAAUUCAGCAACCAUUGCAUGUACUCCAUGGACGUCCACCCAAGCCACGAAUUUGAAGCAGCGUACAACACAUUAACCCCAGAAAUCUUUGCCAUCAUCAUUGCUUCCACUUUCCUUGCUGUGAUUGCUAUCUUCUUCUUGUAUGAUUGGAACGUUCGCACGAGGAACGAGAAUCUCGUCAUGAGGGCUGCUCAGUCCAAUGCGAUUGUGGCAAACUUAUUCCCAGGCCAAAUCAGAGACCGGCUCAUUGGGGAGAAUGCGAAUUCCGACAUUCUCAGGAACAGGGGCAGUCUCAAGACGUUCAUGAAGGAUGGAGUCCACGGUGGCCAGGCCAGUAAUGCCGAUCCAACGACCAAACCCUUGGCAGAUUUCUUCCCGGAAACCUCUGUCAUUUUCGCUGACAUUGUUGGCUUCACAGCUUGGAGUUCUACUCGGGAACCACCCCAGGUCUUUCUUCUGCUCGAGAGCCUGUACCAAAGUUUCGAUACGAUUAGCAAAAGGAGGCGCAUUUUCAAGGUUGAGACUGUGGGAGAUUGCUACGUUGCCGCAAGCGGAAUGCCGGAUCAACGAAAAGAUCACGCAGUUGCGAUCUGUCGUUUCGCCCGCGACAUCCAGCGCCGGACCCUGUCCUUGGUGAAAACCUUGGAAAAAUCGCUAGGCCCAGACACUGCAGACCUAGACAUUCGUAUUGGCAUUCACUCCGGGCCUGUGACUGCUGGUGUGCUUCGAGGAGAACGAGCAAGAUUCCAGCUUUUUGGAGAUACUAUGAACACUGCGGCACGUAUGGAAUCAACAGGGGCCGCGGGAAGGAUUCAUUUGUCAUCUGCGACAGCGCAGUGCUUGAAGGAGGCCGGAAAGGAAAACUGGAUUCAAAAGCGCUCGGAGCCCAUCACUGCUAAAGGCAAGGGGACGAUGCAAACUUACUGGUUGGCGGGCAUGUCUCCUGUUGAGCGCACGGGCAAGAAGACGGAGACUGCCAGCAUCAGUGAGGACUUCAGCAAGGGCGGCGAGGACCUAUGGGACUUUCCUACUGAAGACGAAGACACGCAGCGCACAGCUCGACGAGUCGAAUGGUUCGUGGACUCUUUGAUUGGCAUCUUGAAACAGGUCGUCGCCCACCGAAAUGCCAAGCAUGUGGCGGGAACCUACCGACCAUCUUCAUCCGAUGCUGAAGCUGUUGCUAAGUUGGAACGAGCCACUACGGGAGAACGCCACGAUUUUCUUGGAGAGGUUCAGGAAAUCAUCAGCUUGCGUGAGUUUGAUAGAGAAGCUGCAAAGGUGCUACAAGAUCCCAGCAACGUGGUGAUUGAUCCCGUCGUUGUUGAGCAGCUGAGAGACUUUGUCGCUUCCAUUGCGAGCAUGUAUCGUCAAAAUGAGUUUCACAAUUUCGAGCAUGCUAGCCAUGUCACCCAAUCCGUUUUGAAGCUCCUUUCACGUAUCGUCGCUGCCGAGUUAGAUGAUUCCGGUUCCGCCGAUGGAGCCCUUCACGAUCACACGUACGGAAUCACAUCCGAACCCAUGAUGCAGUUUGCCUGCGCCUUUUCGUCAUUGAUCCAUGACGUGGAUCAUACGGGCGUGGGCAACGCACAACUUAUCCACGAGGACACCGCACUUGCUGGCGUCUACAACAACCGAACGGUUGCAGAGCAGAAUUCCUUGGACUUGUCCUGGAAUUUGCUCAUGGAUACUCGGUACAAGGAUCUCCGUGCCACGAUCUACACCAACGAGACAGAGCUCCGUCGCUUCAGGCAACUCGUGGUGAAUUCGGUCAUGGCAACUGAUAUCGCAGAUAAGGGCCUGAAAACUGCUCGCAAUGCUCGCUGGGACAAAGCUUUCAAGAUGGACUUUGAUGAGGCCACCCGAGACGCGGUCAAUAGAAAGGCCACAAUUGUCCUGGAACAUCUGAUCCAAGCUUCAGACGUGUCGCAUACAAUGCAGCAUUGGCAUAUUUAUCGUCGAUGGAACGAACGGUUCUUCCUUGAGAAUUACAAGGCAUGGCGAGAAGGUCGUGUCGAACAGGACCCAAGUGAUGGUUGGUUUAAAGGCGAGAUUGGGUUCUUUGACUUCUACGUGAUCCCAUUAGCCAAGAAGCUCAAAGACUGUGGUGUGUUCGGUGUCUCCUCCGCCGAAUACUUGAACUAUGCCCAGAACAACAGACACGAAUGGGUCGAUCGCGGGGAAGAAGUCACCGCCGAGUUGAGCCAGAAGGCCCGAGAGCUCUAUGGCUACGAGCCGGAGUCUCCUUCUAGUGUAGAGGUUUGA